AUGCGCCCCCACGGCCGUCUCACACGGGUCCCCGGGCGGAUUGAGCGGGCCCGGAGAGAUCUGUUAUUUAGCAUUGCUGAGGACGUGACCUCGGGUUUGGCUCCGAUCUCUCCUACACUCCUCCCUCUUCCGGACCCCACGCCGUCAACUAGUACAUCGGCCUUCCAACCCAACCUCCAAAUACCGACCCUCAACUCCGGGAUCGGUGCUGGGUCCACGGCGACCCCCCUGGCCACCGCGUCCGCUCCUGAUUUUGGAGACACGUCGGCGACCUUCACUGUACCAACAACCUCUAGUCCUGCUCCUUCCUCUACCGACAUUUGGGAACCUUCCACUACUCAGGCAGCCCCCAUCACCGCCGACGAUACCCAGUUCACCCCGAUCGCCUCUACACAGACCACAUUCUCCCAUGAUCCUACGACAGUUGAGACAUCUACUUCAGUCGUCCCCGUCACGUCUGUCAUCAGUAUAUCCGGGACAGCGGCUACCACGACGGUGUGGUUGAGUCCGCUCGCGAGCGCGAAAUCCGCGCAGGAUGAGAGCGCCGCGUCGCAAGGCGGCGGGGCUAGCACGGGCACGAUAGUCGCAGUAGCCAUUGCCUGCGCCGUCGCUCUCAUCUUGUCCGUGGUCGGAUACCGCCUCUGGCACAAAAAACGGAGGGCGCGGAGAAACGACGAGAAACCUAUGCCGUACAGCACCGAGUACCCGUUCUCGCCAAUCGAAGAUCCCUUCAAGCUGCGCUCGCCCACCAGUCCGAUCUCCCUCGGGUGCACGAAACGCCCUACGACGCCCCUCCCCGCACACAUCACAACCCGCGAGCAAGACCAAUUCAGCCUGCACCCCGACGCUCCCGAGCCCGCUAUCUCCUCGCGCCCCUCCAGCACGUUCUCGUACAUCAACUCCCUCUGCCCCGAGACGGCCGCGCUGUUCCCAGAGCCCCCCGCCACGCAUCCCGCGCCAUACAGCCGGCCGCAGACCCCGCAGAGCCCCACUACUGCACGAUCGUAUAUGAGCGCGCGCACGCAGCCGGGGACGGUCGGGUUCCGUCCGCUCCCGAUGCCGGUCCAGCUCUCGCCGCUCAUGGCUGCGCACUUUGCCGCGCAUCCCGAAGAUAGGAGCACGUGGGCUGCGCACUUCGCGAACCCCGAGGAGAGGGCGAGCGUGUGGAGCGUGAUGGAGGUUGAGGACGCAAGAGGGACGAUUUACGAUGCGUAUGCGUUCAGUGGGGGCGAGGUUCUGGAGAUUGGGUCUCCGCCUGAGUAUAGUCGGGAGUAG